GACGGCCGACUGACGGGGUAGAAUUAGGCGAGCGUCAAAAGCACAUGACACGUAGCCGGCCGUCCGUCGGCGUUGUCCGCUCUUGGCCGGGGGCUAGGGCCCUUGGCAGAUCUUGGACGUCAGCCCCUAGCCCGCUAUCGCUAGCAUCGAUGGCAACAGGUGCGCGUGGAAUGACGAGUAUGCCCGCAGAAGACGGACUCUGCGAGACUGUAGCUGAGUCCACGUGGAAAGUUACUUUGUGUACGUUUGGGCCUGGCUAGGUACAGUCAUUUACGGAAUCUCCUGGAAUUCUGAUUUGACCAAUCAGAAGCUGAGAAGUGGCCUAUUCAGGAUUCAACACCUCAAUUAAAAUUUAAC